AUGUUGGACAAGGAUCAAAACGAUCUAUACAUCAAGUUUAAAAUGCUUCAAAGACAGCUUGAGUUUAUUGAAAUCCAGGAAGAAUAUGUCAAGGAUGAAACCAAAAAUCUCAAAAGGGAACUUUUGAGAGCUCAAGAAGAGGUCAAGCGCAUUCAAUCUGUUCCGCUGGUUAUCGGACAGUUUCUGGAGAUGAUAGAUGCCAAUCAUGGCGUUGUGAGUUCUACUGGAGGAAGCAACUACUAUGUCAGGGUGUUGAGCACCAUCAACCGUGAGCUGUUGAAGCCGAGCUCCAGCGUUGCUCUUCACAGGCAUAGCAAUAGCGUCGUCGAUACUCUGCCUCCAGAAGCCGACUCCUCUAUCCAAAUGAUGCAGGCCGGUGAGAAACCGGAUAUUACUUACGCGGACAUCGGUGGGAGUGACAUGCAAAAGCAAGAAAUUCGUGAAGCGGUUGAGCUUCCGCUUACCCACUUCGAGCUUUACAGACAGAUUGGAAUUGAACCUCCUAGGGGCGUUUUGUUAUAUGGGCCACCUGGUACUGGCAAGACAAUGAUGGCAAGGGCAGUUGCUUCCACAUGCAAUGUCUCGUUUAUCCGCAUGGUUGGUUCCGAAUUUGUACAGAAGUAUUUGGGAGAAGGGCCUCGUAUGGUUCGCGAUGUGUUCAGGAUGGCAAAAGAGAAUGCGCCUGCGAUCAUCUUCAUCGACGAGAUAGAUGCAAUUGCGACGAAAAGGUUUGACGCCCAGCAUGGAGCAGACAGAGAAGUUCAACGUAUUCUUCUAGAGCUGUUGAAUCAAAUGGACGGGUUCGAUCAAUCUGUCAAUGUGAAGGUUAUUAUGGCAACCAAUCGUCAUGAUACCUUGGAUCCAGCACUUCUAAGGCCUGGUCGUUUGGACAGGAAAGUCGAAUUCCCUCAUCCAGAUCGCCGUCAAAAACGUCUAGUGUUUCAAGCCUGCACAGCAAAGAUGAAUCUGUCGGAUGAAGUUGAUCUUGAGACCUUUGUUUCAAGGCCUGACAAGAUUAGCAAUGCGGACAUUGCUGCGAUCUGUCUGGAGGCAGGCAUGCAGGCCGUUCGUAAGAACAGGUAUGUGAUUCUCAACAAAGACUUCGAGAAGGCAUACAAGAUAACAAUCAAGAAACAAGAUGAGGAGUUCUUGUUCUACAAGUAG